CCAUCACCAGUAUGGAUAGAGAAUUAUGUUCUCACCAGUGUAGAAACAUUCACAUACUUGGGCAGCACCAUCAGCCAGGACGGUGGAACAAGCCUGGACAUCCGGAACAAAAUCAAAGCCAGGAACACCUUCAGGAGCUUAAAUACGGUCUGGAAAUCAUCAAAAUACAAAACCAAAACCAAACUCAAAAUUUAUCAGAGCUGCGUACUUUCUCAUUCCCCAGCAUUCUGCACUAUAAAGUUGUGUUGAAAGUAUGACAUGUCCAAACUCUCUUUUGGCCCAGAACAAUCUUAAACCAAGAUCUGUUGACACAGUGCAGCUAAGAGGAUCUGAGCACCAUCAUUGCCUGGAGGCGCUUGAGACGAAUCCUUCAUGUGCUUCGGAUGGAAACUGAUUCCAUCAUCAGAGUAACAAUAACACGGACACAUGAAGAGAUCCUCAGCGGCGUCAUUCGCAGCGUGAAGAAGGAAGGAGAAUGGAAGGUGCUGAUUAUGGACCACCCUAGCAUGCGCAUCCUCUCGUCGUGCUGCAAGAUGUCCGACAUCCUGGCUGAAGGCAUCACGAUUGUGGAAGAUAUUAACAAACGCCGGGAGCCAAUCCCCAGCCUGGAGGCCAUCUACCUGCUCAGCCCAGUGGAGAAGUCGGUGCAGGCUCUGAUCGGUGACUUCCAGGGCACCCCCACCUUCACCUACAAGGCAGCUCACGUCUUCUUCAUCGACACCUGUCCUGAGCCUCUGUUCAACGAGCUGAGCAAGUCACGGAUCAUCAAGGCCAUCAAAACCCUCAAGGAGAUCAACAUGGCCUUCCUGCCCUACGAGAGCCAGGUGUACUCCCUGGACGGGCCCCAGACCUUCCACAACUGCUUCAGCCCCUUCCGCUCCUUGGACAAGAACAAGCAGAUGGAGAUGCUGGCAGAGCAGAUUGCCACAUUGUGUGAAACCCUGAAGGAGUAUCCAGCCAUCCGCUACAGGAAGGGCCAUGAAGAUAACUUCCACCUGGCACACGCUGUGCUGGCCAAACUCAACGCAUUCAAGGCAGACAACCCCAGCAUGGGCGAGGGCCCCGACAAAGCCCGUUCUCAGCUGCUAAUCGUGGACCGAAGCUUCGACCUGGUGUCCCCGCUGCUGCACGAGCUCACCUACCAGGCCAUGGCCUACGACCUGCUCAGCAUCGAGAAAGACACCUACAAGUACGAGACGACGGGCAUCAGCGACUCGCGGGAGAAAGUGGCGCUGCUGGACGAAGACGACGAACUCUGGGUGCAGCUACGCCACAUGCACAUCGCUGACGUCUCCAAGAAGGUGACGGAGCUGCUGCGCACCUUCUGUGAGAGCAAGAGGCUGACCACGGACAAGGCCAACAUCAAGGACCUGUCCCAGAUCCUGAAGAAGAUGCCCCAGUAUCAGAAGGAGCUGAACAAGUACUCCACGCACCUGAACCUGGCGGAGCACUGCAUGCGGCACUUCAAAGGGACGGUGGAGAAGCUGUGCAGCGUGGAGCAGGACCUGGCCAUGGGAACGGACGUGGACGGGGAGAAGAUCAAGGACCCCAUGAAGAUCAUCGUGCCCGUCCUGCUGGACCCCAGCGUGCAGGCCUACGACAAGAUCCGCAUCAUCCUGCUCUACAUCUUCCUGAAGAAUGGUGUGAGCGAGGAGAACCUCACCAAGCUGAUCCAGCAUGCCAACAUCCAGCAGCAGAGAGACAUCAUCCACAACAUACAGCUCCUGGGCAUUUCUCUCACGCCUGGGAGCGGGCAGCUGCGACCGGAGAGGAAGGUGCGGCUGGAAUCCACCUACCAGCUCUCCCGCUGGACCCCCAUGCUCAAGGACAUCAUGGAGGACAUCAUUGAGGACAAACUGGACAAGAAGCUGUGGCCCUUCGUGUCAGACCCUGUCCCUACCACCAGCUCCCAGGCUGCUGUCAGCGCCCGCUUCGGGCAUUGGCACAAGAACAAGCCAGCAGCUGAGUACCGGACCGGUCCACGCCUCAUCAUCUACGUGCUGGGUGGGGUGUCCAUGUCUGAGAUGCGCUGCGCCUAUGAAGUGACCCGGGCCACCGAGGGCAAGUGGGAGGUGGUGAUCGGUUCCAGUCACAUCCUGACUCCCAAGUGCUUCCUGGAUGAUGUCCAAGCCCUCGACCAUGAGGCACCUGGGGAGGCCUAAAGGAGCCCCCUCCCCCCAGAGACUCUGCCCCCCACAGAUCGCUUUCCCCAGCUCAACCUGCUCUUCUUAACAAGGCACUUUCCCCCCUA